UCAGUGAUUAUCACAAGGUUGGCAUUCAUUUUCCCCUACAAUGCCAGUUUGCUCGCGUCGAGUUUGCGAAUCUGUCUCAACCCCAGACAUAUAAGCAUUUACAAUAGGGUGCUUUGUUCGCAAGUGUUUUCAUGUCUCAUUACACAUGAUCUUCGCAUAUCAUACCGUCCGGCAUCGACAAGUGGCAAAACCUUCGAAGAAACAAUUUGCGGCUAUGACCGCGCUGUGGACCAUUUUUGUCACAUAGUGCAUCCUGGUUAAGCGAUCAGGGUGAUACACCACAAAACAUAUCAGUGGCAAAAAGAAAACAGUGUCCAAAGACGGUCGUAGCAGUUCCGCAAAAGCACGCAUCUAAAUUCAUUCUGGAGCUCGAUCCUGCGCACCCCUGUAUUGCAUAGAAUAUGAGCGUGUUUGUCACGUGGGUUUGGAACAAGCUCCCGCGCCGGUAAAGAGGCACACAGUGAAAUAACUGUGAGAUGAAUGUUCCGCAAGCAGCAUAUACACGCUAAGCUAAACGCCUAGCACACAAACUUAACCGGAAAAGAGGAAGAUACAAACUCAAACCAAGGGAACAUUUCUUAAUAGAAAGGAAACCAACCGACAGUCAAAUUAUAUAGCCACAACUUUGGUCCUAGUGGCAUUUAAAUAGUCUACUCGCGGAAUCCUUUCCCCGAAGUGAGAGGAACACAAGUGGCAGUGAUCUGCGUUUGCUUCUUAGUAUAUCGUACAAGCACUAUCAACUUUCACUCUUUGUUCUUACUACUGAUCAGCCUCCCGAAUUAACCCACUAAAUACCACUGUAAAACCAACCCACAACGGCGACGUCAAAAUACAGUGUUAAGCGGUGUUCACUUCGAGCGAAAUCUGCAUCUAAUAUCUCGAAUGUAAAGCAUUCCCGCACGGAACACACCUUUUACAUCGGAAACAACACGAGCACAAGAAACUAAAACAUGAAGCCAAGGGAUACAGUGAAACAAGAUACUAGUGACGUAGUGAUGGGACCAACUCUCCAUCGGGAUAAUGUAACUGCGUGUGAUACGAUGAACAUAAUGCUGCUAGACAGUCAAGGCACAGUCCCACUCAGUUCCAGAAAUGAGAGUCAGCGAUCGAGUAUUUCAAACGCGGAGACGGUGGCCAUCCCUCAGUCGCUCGCAGCCAUUGCGCUAGACACGGGUCAUACUUUUCGGGAUGAUUUCGACCACGGGAUACAAAUCGACACUCGCGGUGCCACCGAAUUCUAUCGUAUCGAUGAUGAUAGCUAUAGACCGUUUACAAUUUACGGGUCAACCGGUGAUGGCAAGGGUAAAAUUGCUACACUACCCGCAUCCACGACAGGAUCGCUAAGCUCGAUAAUAACUACAUCAAUUGCUUCUUCCGAGCCGGACCGGGUCGAUCACCGCAGCGGCGGUGAUGGCGGUACCGGCUGCUCCGGAAGUCUGGUGGAUGAAGUCAGUGAUGGAAGGCCUCUUGAUCAAAAGUGCGCGAUUUCCUGCGGCGGUAUUGCGGGAGCGCCCGGAGCGAGCGCAGAUAACGGCGGAGACGACGGCCAUGGUGCGGACAUUCGCCAAGAGAAGUGGUGGUACAUGACACUUCAGAUCGCAAUACCGUUCUUUGUCGCCGGCGUAGGUACCAUCGGAGCUGGAAUCAUACUAGGUCAUGUGGAGAACUGGAAGGUAUUCGUUCAUAUAUCGGAGCUGUUCAUCCUGGUGCCAUCGUUACUGGGACUAAAGGGUAACCUGGACAUGUGUCUUGCGUCGCGCCUCUCGACACAGGCGAACCUGGGCAACAUGUCCGGGCGGCGUGAGAUCUUCCAAAUGGUGCUCGGCAACAUCGCGCUGGUGCAGGUGCAGGCCACGGUUGCAUCCUUCAUCGUUUCCAUGUUUGCCGUCUCGGUGGGAGCUAUCAUCAAUGGUACCAUCAUCUUCGAUCACGUUAUGUUGCUGACCGCCUCGGCCAUGUUCACUGCCACUAGCUCCUGCUUUGUACUCGACUUCGUGCUGGUGGCUGUGAUUUUAAUUUCAAGUAGAACAACAAUGAAUCCUGAUAACCUGGCCACACCUUUGGCGGCAUCGAUUGGCGAUGUGGUUUCGAUAUCGUUGCUAGCCGCGAUGGCCACUCUACUUUUCGAACAUAUCGAUACACACUUGUGGGUAACGUUUGUCAUGGUUGCGGUGUAUGUGUUCCUGCUGCCGUUUUGGAUGCUCCUCGUUUAUCGCAACAAAUAUACACGAUCUGUGCUUUCUACUGGAUGGGUGCCCGUUCUGUCUGCUUUAUUUAUUAGUGGCAUGGGCGGCCUGGUGCUAGACAAGGCGGUGGGCAUAUUCAAUGGAUUCGUUGUGUUCCAGCCAAUUAUAAACGGCAUUGGCGGCAAUCUUGUUUCGGUGCAGGCAAGCAAAAUAUCCACGAUGCUUCACCAAAGCAGUAUUAUCGGUAUCAUACCGCCGCACGCGAAGAUUUUUGAGCUACCCUGGCGAGCGCUGUUUCACGGAGUCCCUUAUGCUAGAACUGCGCGCAUUCUAAUCGCAAUGUCCAUACCCGGUCAAGUGUUGUUCAUAUUUGUAGCCGACUACAUUCACAUGUCGCGCUCAACCAUCGGUGCGCCCUUCGUGUUGUCCUACUUGUUUGUCAGCACACUCCAGAUUAUGUUACUGCUGUACAUUGCGCACAUUAUUAUUCAUUUGAUGUGGAAAUGGAAAAUCGAUCCCGAUAACUCGGCUAUUCCUUACCUGACUGCGCUGGGUGACCUGUUCGGCUCGAGCUUCCUGAUGCUGGCGUUCCUAUUCCUGCGAUCGAUCGGCCACCCGUACGGCGAAAAGUCGAGCGAAACAGUGGACGGAUUCAAACUACUGCCGGAGCUGACCACCAUCGGCGGCGGUACACUGAUGGAUCAAAUACAAGAUGACAAAGGUAUAUGAGAACUGAUCAUAGCAUCGCCGCCCUGUUUCGCUCUUGGCUACGAGCACCUUAACACGGUCUAGAAAAUGGUAUAUGCUAGUUAUAAGUUGAAACGUAUGCUUAAAAAUAUGAGAUCUUUAUUAUCAUAACAUGUAACGUAUGCAUUAAAAAAAAUUGGACAAAUUUCAAACAACGCUGAACAGAAACAAAAAAAAAAAACAAAGUAUGUAAGAUAAUUGAUUUCUUGACCUUACCGGGCCAGCCUUACGAGCUGGUGACCGGGAGCGUUUUUGGCAAGGUCGUUUGGAAAAGAGCGCGUUGGGAUGUAUAACUACCAAAUGCUUUACAAAACCCCCCAGAGAGGGUUGAAAUGCUGCAGUACUGCAAUCAUUAUUUCAAUUGGUUCGUUUUUUGUUUGUCCUGUGUGCGCGUGUCUUUGAGCAUAAGGAGCUAACAGAGGAUCGCAUCCUCGUCUUUAUGUGUACUGCUUGAUAGUCCUAAACACUGCAGGAAAGUGUAAGGCACCUCAGAAUGCACCGCCAGUUGCUUCUCGCUGUUAGCAAACCACAAAAGGGCAUUUUUUCGAAACUUUUCACAUUCAAUAUAUUUUUUUUUUUUUUUUUUUUUGUACGCCGUACACGGCACGUGGUGUGCUGUGCAUUUGCAUUUCAAUUCCCAUGUUCUUGAGGAAUUACCAGACAGUUUGGAUGAUAGCUCGAACUUUUCUCAUCAAGGCAGACACAUAAAGAAGACGCAAGAAGUAUGAAGAUUAUUUUCAUAUGCUCUACUUUUUUUCCUGAAGCGAUAGUAGGCUAUAUACAGGGUUUUUCGGGUGUUCUCAUAGUUGUUGGACACUUUAUUGACUCUUUCUCACUACAAAUGAACUAAGUGUAAUUAGAAUUGGACUCUAUAGUACCCUUGUUUAACAAAUCCAAUCAGAUUUUCCAAGGAGUCUGUCCAAAAAGGGUGCCAUAGAGUCCAAUUACAAUCAUAUGUAGUUCGCUUCCCAUUAAGAAAAAGUUAAGGAAGUGUCCCACAACUAUGAGAACCCCUGGAAACCCCUGUAAUGCCACACCGCCUGGCACAAGAUGAAUACUUCAGAAUCCGAUCGAUAAAACACACCCUCGUUUGCCAUUCUUUCACUCCGAUGGUCAAGCUUGAUUGAAAUAGACUAGUAAAACUAUCAAAUUGUGUCUUCCCGACUCAGGGUUGCUAUGCUUGGUGACAAUUAUGCACAAGGCUGUCAUAGUGACCGCCUAAACAUCCUGUAAAUUUGUCUGUUUUUUUUUUAAUGCAUGAGUUACUGUAAGGCAAAACUGCAGAUUUUAACAGCCGCUUAGGUUUCGUAACCAAGCACCAUGCUCUGGACAGUAAUGAAAACAUGUAUAUUUUUAUGCGAGUGUGUUGGUUUCUAUUUUGUUAUGCCAGUGUAUAUUCCAAUGGGGCAUUAUUUGGUAUUAUUCCCAGUUCAGGCUUUCGGUACUUAAACUUAAACUUAACUACGUAAUGCGAUAUUUGAACCGUACCUACCCGUGUAUGUAUAUAUUUUGAACUUAAAAAUGGUUGAAAAGCGAUAAUUAAAAAAAGAAGACUUUUUUUUUUAUUUCAGCCCCUUUGGCUUCUUACGCGAUGCGAUUUAAAGCAUAUUGGAAUGAUAUUGACCAGACGUAAUGCCAGUAAACAGCGUCAAACCAAGCAGGCUAGGUAGGCCGUACAAGGUCCAAUCACAAAAUACCGCUACAAAACAGAAUAAACGUACGGAGAGCAUGUUUCUUUCUUUUUGGUAGACGUUUGUUACUGUUCGAACUAUUCCUAUAUGUAUACAUCUAUUUUUUUUUUGUACUAGUUAGCUUGAAUUUUUUAAAUUAUCAUAGCGGUUUGAGUUACUGAAUGUUGGGCUAAAUCUAACGGCACGUUGUCCCAAGACAGUAUGGCGGCACAAUUUCCCCAAACUUUAAAGCAUAACCACGCGGCCGUUCAUGCUUCGUUUUGGGUUUAGUUUAAUUUAGCUCCCUAGUAAAUUAAAUCGAACGCGAACGCUUCGUAUGACGGUCUGUUUCCACGCUACAUAGUUUAUAGCCUUUACCACAUCGCUUUCCAGUCAGCACAACAUAUUACAUUAUCGCUGGAAUGUUUUCCAACAACAGUGUAAGAGUUUAGUCCACAAUUUCACGCCCAUACAAUCAUUUGAGCGCUUUGAAAUAUUAUUGAACAUUAUUAAUCAUUUGUCUUUGUUCAUAUCUAUUUUGCUCAUGAGCCUGAGGGCUUUUACAACAGAGCGCAUCCAUUACAUCCUUUUAAAAAAAAAACUACCGGCUAUGUUAAAGCCGUCUCGGUUUGACGGAAAGUUACACGUUUUACAGAUAAGGCUGUAUCAUUCAACAUACAGGAUCGAGGUGUCCGUUUUUUUCAAUUUGUUAAUUAAUCCCUUUGAAAAAAAAAAACAUAAAAUAUUGCCUUCCAUUUAGAAAUACGAAAAUAAAAUAAAAAGAAAUAGAACUAAAGUAUAGAAAAGAAACAUAAUCGAAAAAAUCGUUUUCAAUUACUAGCUAUUCUAAAUAAAAUGCUCUUAAACACUCACACACACAAUCAAAUAGCCAACAUUGGACAUUGAUCAUUUUGACAUCGGAUAUUUUUUCGUUUUUCCUCAUUACUUUAGGCAGAAAAAGCGCGUGCUGCGAAAUUUGUCAUUUGUAAUCUAUGUAAAACAGAAUUUUGACACGCCCUUCUUGCUCGCUUGAAGAAGUGAUAAGUAAAAGUGGUGUGUUUUGCUUAGAUUUGUUAAUCUCACAGGACUGUUGGUAAUGAAAUUAUCGAUAUACACCUUUGUCCCUCUGUUUAGAGCAGCAAGUGACUGAAAACUUUGUUUUCUUUGUGUUGAUGUGUGAAGCAAGAAGCAGCAUGAUGCUGUUGAGGUGGUAUGAUGCUAGAUGGUUACCAUAACAUUACACCGUAGAUGUAAAUAGAAAAGAAUUAUAUUGUGUCCCACACAGAAGCGGCCAGGAGAAGCGGUGAAGCGAAUAACAUUAAAAAAAAGACAACAAUAACAAAGUAUUAGUACAGUCUGUGCCCGAAUUACGCGCUCCAAUGCGUUCCAACUACUACGUUAGCGUGACUCGAAUCCGCGUUUAUCCGCGAUAUCUAUAAAGUUUAGGUACAUUUUGAUUGAAGUAAACAGAUUCAACGACUUACUCAAUUUCUGAUUAGAGUGAUUUUUUUGUUUUGUUCGAUGAUAUAUUAUUCUUAUUGCAUUUUGACUGUUGGCGUGCAAGAUACGGUCAAUUUUCCAAUGAAUUCAAAUACUUGUAAAACCUUUCUGUAAAUCUACGUAAAGCAAAAGAACGCGUUAAUUGUAAUGUCAAAUUGAUGAAUUACCGUGUAAAUAGAUGACGAAUGCAAUCCUUUUUCGUUUGCUAGAUAAUACGCUAACAUUCUUUUUAAGUUCUUGGAUUUGUAAUUUAACAAAAAAUCCUAAACUUUCACGUUCCUUAUGCCUCGGUCACGAGAACCGCGUAACUCGGGGACAGACUGUAUGUUUUGCAAAACAAACAAAAAAAUAUGCUUAGUUUCCUACAAUAUGCUUAGUUCCAAUCAAUACUACUGCGCAACAUAUAGUGUUCGGUUGCAAAACAUGCAUGAACACGCGUACAAAACGGUUCGUUUGGAGAGUCAGUACAAUUAAAUGAAAUAAAAAAGUGCCUAAGGAAGUGUGCGUGUGUGUGUGAGAGAGAGUGUUGUAAAACCAGCGCGAAAGAGAGGACUAAUUCAAAAUUCAAACAUUUAAGUAUUCGAUUGUUUCAGGUUUUGAAUCGGAUGGAUCAAAACAAAGCAAUCUGAAUUGGUGACUUGGCGCGUUUCGUACGGCUUUUGUGCAGACUCUUCUAGGAAGCUGUGUGUUCGUUAUGCUAUGCGAACAAAUUAUCUUGUGAUUUAUUCUGCCAAACAAUUUUACCGUAUGCGAGAGUGUAGUUGAUACAACUAACCGAUUGGCUAAGAGAUAAUUAUAUGCUGUAAAGAACGGAGUGGCGGGACAA